UGCUGUCACUGCCUUGCUGUCCGCUCCCUCAACGCUCUCUUUCCACUCUCUCGUACAUGUCGCUCUGGUGAACGAGCCCAUCGACACCGCACGCUCGUUUCUGCCGCUAUCUUAAUCCGUAAUCGUCCCGUCGCUGCCAGGUUUGCUGCUGCGCUGUCUGCGCUCUAGCAACGCGGCACCCAUCGCCAACUUUUUGGCUCUCCAUCCUCCGCCGCCCGCCGCACCUCAACACCCGCACACCACCUCCCCACCGCGCCCGCUAUGGCUCCGGCCGUCCCCAGACUGCGCAUUCUGUCAGUUGGCGGAAACGCCGUUUCGGCGUUCCUCUCAUGGCGGUUACAAGCAACCAACGCCUGCGACGUCACACUCGUGUGGAAGUCCGGGUACGAGAGCGUCGCACAGUAUGGCAUCUCGUUCAAAUCUGCUCUCUACGGCAACGAACGCUUCAAGCCCUACUCUGUUGUUCGCACCCCCGAAGAUGCCGCCCAUUCUUCCAAGCAGCCCUUUGACUACGUUCUCCUCUGCGUAAAAGCCCUCCCUGACGUAUACGAUAUCGCCAACAUCAUCGAGUCGGUCGUCUCGCCCCAGCACACAUGCAUCCUUAUGAACACCACACACAGCUUAGGCGUCGAAUCGUACCUGGAGCAGCGCUUUCCCACAAAUGUCGUCUUGUCAUUGGUAUCUGGAGCAGAGAUUUCGCAGCUUGGAGCUAGCGAGUUCGAGCACAAGGGAGCGACUGACAUCUGGGUCGGUCCUGCCAGCAAGAACCCCGCCAUACCAGCGCAGAUUCAGUCGGACAUGGCUGAAGCUCUGGCCAUGACAUUGAGUUCAGGGCAGGUCGACUGCAAAGUCGCAACCAACAUAAGGCAACAGCAGUUUGAGCGUAUGAUAGGCCCUAUUGCUUUUCACCCGGCCAGCGUUCUCUUCGAGACGGCAAACCACGCAGAACUCCUCGAGAAGGUUGGGGUUCGUGCUCUUAUCACAGGAGUGCUCGACGAGCUCCUCGUACUUGCCAAUGCCCAAGGCUGCACAUUCCCUACCGAUUUCAAGGAGAAGACGAUGCGCUCGAUGACGCAGCCCCAAGAGUCCAACAGCACAAUGUGGAUGGACUUCGAGGCCAAGCGUCCCAUGGAGAUUGAGACAUAUCUGGGAUCUCCUCUUAAGCUUGCCCAGGAAGUCAAUGUCACUGUACCCCGAAUCGAGACCCUGUACGCCACGCUUCACCACCUCAACAUCGUCAACCGAAACCGACCGGCAGCUGGCCCUACACCCACACCAGCUCAAAACAUGCAACCACCGCCGGGCCCUCCUCCAAGGCUCUCGUCGGCCCCUCUGCCACGAGGCCCACCUGGACCCAACGGACCUGGGCCGAUGAUGAAUGGAAAUGGUCCUAUGAAGGGUGGGCCCCGUUCAGGAAGCCGCGCGCCUUCAAUCACUGGUGGCCCACCUAUGAUGCGUCGCGGCCCACCGCCAGGCAUGAACGGUUACCCACCACGCAUGAACGGCGCCCCCAACGGCCAGCGUCGCCCGUCGCUCGAGGCCAACGACCUUGAAGAAUUUUCGCAUCUGAUGCUGUAUGAUGAUAUGGUCGAAGGCGGCCCCGGUGGUCCUGCCGGUGCGCCCCACGGCCAGUACGAGAAUGGCGCAGCCCCACAGAAUGGUCUUUCUAUCCGUGAGAGGGAGUUGAUGCUCAGACAGCGUGAGAUCCAGCUCAGAGAACAAGAGCUUAGCAUGCGUCGCGGCCCUCCCAUGGGCCAGGGUCGUCGACCUCCACCACCACAAUCCAUCAAUGGUUUCGAUGACGACGACGACGAGGAUGACUUCUUUGAUCCUAUGGCCGGAGGCCGCCCGCCGGGCCCGGUCAUCGACCCUGACAACUUUGACAUGAUGAGUGUCACCUCGCGGCGCAACCGCAAGGUUCCCAGUGCCGGUCAGAUCCGCAACAACCCAGAGGGCAUGGGCUACAUGGGUCCUCAAGGUCGAUCAAGGAAUCCUUUCUCGCGCCCGGCAGCUAAGAACAGAACGAGUGCGACGAUGCUUUCGACACUCCCAAAUCUGAGAGAGAACAUUCUCAACGACCCUCUGAUGGGCUACUCGUCCAACCGCUAUGCUGAUGUCGAUCGCGGCACUAUGGGCGCCCAAUCGCGAACCAAUUCACUGACUGCAUCACGUUUAGACGAAAUGCAAGGAGGUGGUAACUAUGGUGGCUACCCUUCGAUGAACCGCCGCACCAGCCAGUCGCCUGGCAACCCUCUCAGCCCUGGUCCUCGCCCAAUGGGCCGUCCUUCUCCUCCCAACGGAUAUGCGCCCAACGGUAUGCAACCCAAUGGUAUGCAACCCAAUGGUAUGCCUCCCAAUGGACUGCCGCCGAAUGGGAUGAACGGGGCGCCUCGAAAUGGUCCCAACGGACGUCCUUCACCUCCCGGGAUGAGACAGCCCGUUCCCCUCGCACCGCAACAAAUGGAACAACACGCAGGGGUGAGCACUCUUUACCCGCCCAAGACCCGUUCCAAUGUUCGCAGUCUGACUGGAUCCGCAAGCGCUAGCGCGGGUAGUAAUUCCACCGAAGAAAAUUCGGCACACAGCAGCCAGAGCAGCCUAGGACCCCGUCCUCCAGUCGGUGUCCGAUAGACGAGAUCUCAUCAGUUCAUAUUUGCGGCGAAUGGUUUGGAGUAUGUUCGGACUUUGCAUGGACAGCGUUCUCGAUUCGGCGACACUUUGACGAAACUAUCUAUUGUAUCUGGGAGCUGGCGGGCUUUCCAACGCAUACCUCGACGGACGCGUACCCUGGUGUCACCUAUCAAUCGGUCUUCGAUUACACCCGGCUUCUCUUCUCGAACAUGCCUACACCAAAUCUUCCUCUCCACGUUGGGAUCGGAAGA